AUGAUUUCUGUCUUUCGGCCUUUUGGCCCUUUGGUCUUUUGUUCUUUUUGUUUUUUUUUUUUCAUUUACAAGUUUUCUCUCUUUUCUCUCUUUCCAACAUUUAUUAUAUUCACAGAUUUUCUUGACACUCGUGUUUUGUUACCUUCUGAUGCAUCCCCUUCACAAUGUCCAUCCGGAUUAGCUAAGGCCAUAUCGCCGAAAUUACUCUCUACUAUUAAACACGGUUAUGAACACGAUGAACCUCCCUCUCAUGAGCACAUCGCGAAUCAAGAACUUUCAUUUCAUACGAGUGUCAUUGACAUGAUCGGAGAAGUGUAUGGAAGCAAACAGUAUAAGAAGAAGUCUCUAAGAUUGGAUAAAAUAAAUUCAAAUACAACAAAACCCUGUAAAAACUGGCAUAUCCAUAAAUUAAACAAUGAUAUAUUACAACAAAAUGUAAUUCUGAGUUGCCGUUUUAGUGCAUGUGGUAAAAACCCAUAUACAGAAAAUGCAAACACAUCCUACUAUCCUGCUGUUCUGACCUUUUCCUAUGUUCGAAAGUUGGUCUUACCACCUAUGAUCUGUGGUGAUCCAGACACUCGGAUGUUGGAUUUAUCACAUCUAAGAACAUAUUCAUAUUGGGAUAGCAUAGUAGCUAUCAUCUUCCGAUUAAGGGAUCCAAAAUUCAGAUCAAAUAAUGCAGCUUUGAUUGCAGCAAAUGACAGCAAGUCCAGUUGGAAUACUGAAAUUCAUUUCAAUCGUUCCCCUAAUAAAGAACUGACACUUGCACUUAUGGCUUACCUGAAGCCAAAGUUUGCUGCGGGUAGGCUUAGGCCAUCUGAAAUCCGCAGUAGUAUUUAUACUAACUUUUGUGGAAGAUGUUCUGCUGAACGAAAGUCGCCGUCAGCCCUUGAUGCAGGAAGAUCAAGGUCAAGGAGAGCAAGUCGAGCAACCACUAACUUUGACUGCCAUGAGCUGGCCUACAGUAUAUACAAGGCUGACAUUGAUACGUUGAUGGGAAAGGAUUGCGAAGGGCUCAUCAACAAGGCAGCAAUGUCUGAGAAUGAGUCGAAGGAUGAGAUACCUGGAGUUCCAGGCAAUUGUGUGCUCUGUACAGUGCGUCCAUUCUGGAGAAGCGAUGAGUACAAUCAGUUUCUGGAGCAUGUUAACAAAGCCAUGCUCAGAUGCUUGAACCUAAAUGUGCGCCAGAUGGCAAAGAAGACCUUUGGCAGAGAUGCUGAUUUAGCAGUCCCGAGUCAACUGAAGUACUCUCUUCCCCAGUGGGCUUUCAGAGAUAAGCUCUAA